CACCCAGUCAAAGUGUUCUGCUGCUGCUUCGCUGACACACGUACAUAUACACAAGGCGGAUGCACAAAGACUCACACGCUCACUGACUCACACACGCACACACACACCGGCUCUCCACAGGAAACCCUGAACCAUAAUGCGAAGGCACCUCAGAGCAGACGGGCACGUUGCUCAAACCAAGUGGGAUACGGCGCGACUUUGAUAGCGCGUUAAUGACUUAUGUGAUGUGAUACAGAUGUCUGGGGGGCUUCAGCCGAAAGUUUGCCUGACGGUUUCCAAGGGGGCCAGGCAGACAUUUUAGGAGCGCAAUCAUUCGGGACAAUUUCUUAUCGUCAAUCAGUGGAAAUCCAAUGAGUGGAAGGUGUUUCAAUAUGGGCGGCCCUGUGGUACACGUGCUGGCCCUGAUGCUGUGUAUGGUCGCCAUGGGAACGUGCCACUCCAACAUAAACAACACCCACGACGUCGACCUCGACUCUGGCUACCCUGGCUUCCUCCUGCAGCAUUCCAUCCCGCAGCACACGGACCUCCACGGCGCCGCCAGCCCUGGGCUCCACCCGGGCCCCAACGAGCCCAUGGCCCUGGCCUCCGGCUCCGGCUCCGGCUUCGGGAACGUGACGUUCAGGAAGAGGCCGCCGCCCUGCCUCACUCGCACCACCAUCAGCACGUCCUUCAAGUACAUCAACUCGCUGAUCUCUGCCCUGGUGUUUGUGGUGGGCAUGGUGGGCAACAUCACGCUGCUGAGGAUCAUCUACCAGAACAAGUGCAUGAGGAACGGUCCCAACGCGCUGAUCGCCAGCUUGGCCAUGGGGGACCUCAUCCACAUCACAAUCAACCUGCCCAUCAAUGUCUACAAGCUCCUGACAUCCCAGUGGCCGUUCGCCAGCACAGCGUUUGGCCUCUGUCUGUGCAAGCUGGUGCCCUUCGUGCAGAAGGCCUCGGUGGGCAUCACUGUGCUCAACCUCUGUGCCCUGAGUGUGGACAGGUACAGAGCGGUGGCCUCUUGGAGCAGGGUGCAGGGUGUAGGGGUCCCUCUUCUCACCGCCAUAGAGAUCAUCUCCAUAUGGGUGCUCUCGAUGAUCCUGGCCGUGCCUGAGGCUGUGGGCUUUGACAUUGUCACCUUGGACUACCGCAACGACACGAUCCACACCUGCAUGCUGAACCCCCAGAGUGACUUCAUGAGGUACUACAAAGACAUGAAGGACUGGUGGCUGUUUGGCUUCUACUUCUGUGUUCCGCUGUUGUGCACGGCCAUCUUCUACACACUGAUGGCGUGCGAGAUGCUCAACCACCGCAACGGGAGCCUCCGCAUCGCCCUGAGCGAGCAUCUCAAACAGCGCAGGGAGGUGGCCAAGGCGGUAUUCAGUCUGGUGCUGAUAUUCGCCCUGUGCUGGUUCCCACUGCACCUCAGUAGGAUCCUCAAGUACAUGGUGUACGACCCCAGCGACCAGGGCCGCUGUGAUCUGUUAUGUUUCCUCUUGGUCCUGGAUCACUUUGGCUUCAACCUAGCGACAGUCAACUCCUGCAUAAACCCCAUCAUCCUCUACUUCGUCAGCAAGAAGUUCAAGAACUGCUUCAAGUCAUGUCUGUGCUGCUGGUGCUAUUCCGACAGCCAGGUGACCAGCACGGGAGCCAUGAACGGCACCAGCAUCCAGUGUAAGAGUCCCGAGCCCAACAACCUCGCCCCCGACCGCAAGGACAGCAACUAACCCACCCCCCUCCCCCCAUCAUCAACAGCACUGUGGAUUUAUUUCGGGACGCACGUCCACCAACGACAACUUCAACCGACGGCAUCCUGCCGAAGGAGGCUUUCAAAACACACACACUCGCACACACACUCUCAUUGUGUUGACCCACCUCAUACAACUCUCGGAGAGACACUCGGACUCCCUGUGGAGCCGUUUCGCCGUUUCGCACAGUUUUUCCCGGCCACUACAGCAUCCGCUACUACCCCGUCGUCCGUCAUGUUAGCAAACCCAUGGAGGAAAGCGAGAGGGAUGGAGGGAGACAGGGGGAGGAAGUUGUGUUGUAGCAGGAGGGGGGGGGGGAUUCCUGAUGCAGGUCAGAGGAAGAGGAAGACUCAUAACACAGGAAGCAGCUGAACGCUCACAAUAAAUGAACCUCAUUUCCCGCUCGUCGUGAGGCGCAAUGUUCGUAUAAAGGGGCAGCCCCACCGGGACGGGGGUCCUUCAUCAAGGGGACAGAAUUGUCAGAAGGAAUGACGUGAGAGUGUGCAUCCGCCUCCCCGAAGAGAACCAGUUCCCGUCCCCCCCGCCUACCUGCGUGCCUGCUAGCCUCCGUGUGCUACACUCUGCGGCCCCCAAGGACCAGGGACAGUGCAUGUUAAUCAUCCCGCUCUUCAUUUCCCAUAAACACACUGGCGGCCGCACUCACACACUCACACACACACACCCUCACACAUACACCACACACACACAGACUUAUUAUUCAUUCAUACCAGUGUGUGCUCAAAUCAGGGUCAGUUUUUAACGACGGUGGCUGCGCGGAUAGGAGGUGGAGUGGUCUAGUUCGAGGUGGUUUCAAAAUGGCGACUUAGGAAUGAGAUGUUGAAGAAGGGUGCUUAUAUACAGAUAAAGCAUUUUGUACCUAAGCACACGAUCACAGAUCUGUUCGCUCAUUGUGAGAAACUCUUAUCGGCAACAUCUGGAAUUUGUUUGACAUACUCUCUUAUACAAUAUAUCAAAAAGGAUCAACAUUGAUUGAACAUAGUAUUCAGGAAGGCCUAUUGGUUUAGAAUAGAUAUAAACCUACAUAUAUAGCACUGUGAAUUUUCAUUUGAGACACAAGAGACAUAUACUUUGUGUGUAUAUUCUUCAGUAUCUAUACAUAUGUACACUUUUAUAAAGUGUUGUAUUGUAAUUGAAUGGCAUUGAUAUGACAGUAUUUACGUGUGUUUGAGGGAUUUUGUUUUGUUCAUUCAAAUCAUAUGAGUAGACAUGACCUAUGCUGCCCUCAUAAGAUUGGUGUACAUGUAACCGUGUGCGUGUGUGUGUGUGUGUGUGUGUGUGUGUGUGUGUGUGUGUGUGUGUGUGUGUGUGUGUGUGUGUGUGUGUGUGUGUGUGUGUGUGUGUGUGUGUGUGCUAUUUAGAGACAAACUCAUGUUUUCUGUGGGAUUUCAUGCUGUGUUUCAAUGUUAUCACUAGGCCUAAACUGUCAAUAUAAACCUGUGGAAAAAUGCAAAAACUGAACGGUGGUUGGUUCUCUUGUCGAAGAAAUAUAGUGCUGCUACUUCACAUAUUAAAUCAAUUUCUGACCAAAGAAGUCUA